AUGCCAUUAUUGAAUGCGUUUAUCAACUCUGUUGCUUGCGUUGGUUUUACAUCGGAGCGUGGUGUUGCACUUGAUUCGGAAUCGAAAGGCAAUGGAUCUCUCUUUAAAUCUCCCUUGCAAGCAUCCGUCUUGGCAAUCGUCAAUGCCGAUCGUGCAAUGUAUCCCGAAUCACGAAGUAGCGAAUUGAUUGAUCCCUUAUACCCACCAACCGGUCAUACAAGUUCUCAUUCGACGUCAACAUCAUCAGGUCGUUCAACACCUAUCUCUCCUCUGACUUCAAGCGCCAGACCUUCUAGACAUCAAAUGAUAUCAACUAUCUAUCAGAAUCUACCACUCUUCUGCUUUCCCGAUGGGGCUCAUGCAACGUGGGAACGAGAAAAUGAACGAAUACAUCAUAUUGUCUUUACUCGAGAAGAUGGCAAACGUACUUACGCUCUUGUCUUUACAUUUCAACAAGCUUUCACUUUAAGAACUGGCAAACCAGAUGAUGAUGGUAUCUAUCAAAUUAGCGAUGUUCAACGAUCAACUCCAACUGCAAGACGGCCAAGCAUGUCGAAGAUACCCGUAGCAAUCGAUAAAUUGAAAUCUGCAACACCAGUACCAUCACCACCACUAGCGACAACAAUAGUUAACAGCACACAUCAAGAUGUAGCACCUACGCCGACAGCCGUACCUGCAAAAUCGCGUUCGAGAAAAAUGCCAUCAUCAUUUCACUUUUCCGAACAGCCAUCUGGCAGUCGCGUGCGCUCAACAAGUACCGAAAACCUAAGCAAACAACCUCAUUAUGAAACACCAACAUUUAGUAGUUACAUGAAAAAUUUAUCACCUUCAGCCGCACCUCCACCAGCACGUCUGUCACGAACAAACAGUCAAAGUAAUUUAGCGUCUCUGGAUGAUCAUACACCAAAUGAAAUUUCAAGCUUCUCACGACAACGAUCCACUUCAAAUGCAUCUCACAAAAUAGCUACGAGUACAGCACCUUCAACUACAACUAGAACUACUACAACUAAACCGACGACGCCAAUGCCAAUACCGAAUUCAACGAGAACGAUUACUGCGAAUCCCACUCCUACUUCAGUUUCGAUUACAAACUCCAUUGUCAAUUCACCAGGACAAUCAUUCGAUACAACAAAACCAUUCUACUUACCACAAUGUAUUGUUCUUCUUUCGAAUCAACCAUUCUGGACAGAAAUGCAAGAAACAAUGACAAGCAUCCAUGAUGAACUGAUUCAAUCGAAAAUUGAACCGAACUCAAAUGCAUACAAACUUCUCAUCCAAAAAUAUGCCUUUUUCGCUUGCAAUACUCCCAUACCACCCAUACCAUGGGAUCGCUUUUCUCUCUCGCUCAGUCUAACACACAACCAGUCGGUAUUAAUAUUCGAUCCGCCUAUCAAUACAGACCGUGCAGUACUUGAUCUCGAUUUAUCAAUUCUUCUUCUAACAUUAAAUAUUGGCAAACUACUUGACGUCUUAGCGGCAAUAUUGACAGAACAGCCAAUCAUCUUUUUUAGUUCAAAUUAUUCGAAAUUAGUAACAACUCUUGAAUGUCUUCUCUAUCUAAUCUAUCCUUUGAAAUGGGCUCAUAUUUACGUUCCACUAGUACCUUACGGUUUGCGCGAUCACUAUCUUGCCGGACCACCAUGCUCUUAUAUAAUGGGCACACAUGCACGUCACCAAGAAAUCGUUCAAGAACUUGACAAUAGUAUAACGUGUAAUUUAGAUAAUGACAAGAACAUUCGUGUACCAAAACAUGUCAAUUUGCACAAUAUUCCUUCGACAAAACUUCAACGCUUCAUUGAUUCCAUCACUCAUUUUCUGGAAAACAUUAAAGUAUCUCGUUCGUUGCAAAAUGUCCAUACACCCAUUCGUUUACGUAUGGAUCAACAGCGAGAAUUCGAACGUGAAACACGUAUCGAAACGAAUCAAAAGAUAACAAAAAUGUUUUUCGAUCUCAUGGUUGACCUAUACGGCGAUGCUCUAAAACCAAUCUAUUGGACGGUUCAUCAUCAACAUAGUCCAACAAAUACAUUAGCACGAACAACAAAUCACGAGGGAAAAACAACGAUCACUUCUCAAACAACAACGUUCAGUAAAGAGAAUUAUCUCCUAUCGAAAAGCGAAGGUGUCGAAUUAGAGUUCUAUCAGACAUUUGUUGAAACAACCGCAUUUCAACACCUUCUAGAAGAAGAACGGAUAUCAGUUGUACCAAGUAUAUUUCGACAAACUUGUCAGAUACGAUUAUUGUCCGACGAAGAUCAACUUUAUGAUUUGAAUCAUCCAGAUAAUCCAAAUGAAUCAUCAACAUUAUGUGAUUCUCUAUCCUCACAAAUGAUUCUACCAUUACCUAACUGGCCAAACAAUAUAUCUAUACACUAUUUGGAUAGUUGUAUCGAUUUAUUUACUAAUGAAUUACAAAAUGCCCAACGCGAACGUUCACCAGCUGUCAUUGCUGUUUUUGCUUAUCUACGUGGAUGCGCAUUUUUAGCGCGUGGAAACCUGUUGGAUGGUCUGCGGGAUCUUUAUCUGAUUGACAAUCAGAAUUUAUUUCCACGAGAAUAUAUCGAAGCCAAAAUCGUCCCUCGACUUUCGGAUGAACAUCUUUUGGAUAUAUUUACUCACGAAUCGUUCUAUCAAGAUGCACCUGAAUGGAAAAAAGUCGACAUACGGUCUGAUUUACGCUUAUCGAAAGUUGAUCUUACUGAAAGCAGCAACUCAUUUGAAGAAUCGAUAUCGACAAAAUCAUCGAGUGACUUUGAUAAUCACAGCGAUCUAUUCAUUGUCAAUAACGCCCUCACUUAUGACCAAUUUACUGAACAUAUCCAACGUUUGAGUAUUACAAACGAUGCGGAAACCACCGGAAUAUUGUUUAAUGCUUUGUUAUAUUGGACGGAUAGUAAUUUAGUGAAAACAUUGAAAAAAGAUAAAACACUAACAAGUAAAUCAUCAAAUUCAAGUCAAUCAUCCGAUCGACACGCAUCAAUAUCAAGCAAAUCACUGAAGGAUACGUUGAUGAUACUGAACGAUCAUCGACAGGGGGGUCAAAGUAGUGGCACAAUACCGAAACUUUCUUUACAAACAAAUUCAACAACGUUGCCAGCUGCAUUGUUUGGAUCAUUUCUUGAUGUAUGGCAACAGACUAAUGCAGAAAAAGUUCGAAUGAUUCGUUGCCUACCCGAUGAUCGACAAAAGCAAGAAUCAAUCUUAAAGAUUUCAUCGUCCGGUGUUGUAUCGAAAAAGGAUGGUCCUGGCCAAAUAAUUCUUACACAAAAACGUCUUUACUUCUUACCUGAAGCACGCUCACUAGCUCGUCUACUGACAGACCUGAUGAAUAUCACGUCUGUAGAUAAAUAUCAACAUCAAACUGUCUUUUCCUCAUCGAAACCUGGUGUCAAAAUCCAUACGUCUACAAAUGCCGGACAUUCAUCGCUACCGCGUGACGCAAAUUCGACAUUAAAAUCAAAAUCUGCAUCCUUGGAAAAAGAAGCGAAAACAUCGAUUAGUCUAUUUUUCAAAAGUAACCAUGAGCAAGAAUUGUGGUAUACAUUAAUAAUGGAACUGUGGUCAGGUUUAACGAUUGCGCAUGAGGAAUGUGAUACCACUGUGCUUAAUAAAGCAGCGAGACAUAUCGCACUGAUGGACACACUAGCUCAUAUCGAGUAUGAUGAAGAUAUUUCGUCACCUUCUGAUCGACAAUCAGCAAGUUCACGUGCUAAACUGAAACAACGUCAUAAUGAGACUAGUCGUGAGUUUGCUUUAAGCGACUUGUCGACAUUUACUCGAACACUUCAAGAUGGAACGUAUAAGCCGUUACCCGCCGAAACUCGAAGCGUUCUUACGCGUCGUUUAUCACCAUCGAUCAACGAAAAAGAACGACAUCCUGUACGCUGUUUGGUGUUUGUCGAUCAAGCGGAAAAUGGACGUUCUUCGUUAUGGUGCUCAUACGGUCCCAAACUUAAAAUCUUCAGUGUUUCAACAUGGAUUUGUGAUCCGAGCGAUCUUAUGUUUCCAUCGGAGAUCACUUGUUUAUGCCUUGACGGACGCUACAAACUAUGGGUGGGUUGCAUUCACGGUGAGCUGUUUGUUGUUGAUACAGCGACACGAACUUGUAGUUCGCAAUUAACCUCCAUUGAGGGCGAAGGUGGAUGUCAAACGAUGGUAUUUAAUGCUAUACAUAAUCAGAUUCUAACAGCAAACCGAGCAAGUACAGUAAUCAUAUGGAAUGCAUCAAGUUGGGAACGUGUAGCAGAUGUGAAUUUAUGCGAAAUAUAUAAGAACACUCAUGACACUAAACCAAGAACUUUUAAGAGUGAAGCUGUUGUUCAGUUCCGCAAUCCGGCAAAAUCAACAUCAUCCAAAGAUUCUAAUCAAGCACGUCCUCAACUGGAUAUGCCAAGUAUGCGAUCAUCUGGUGGACCAGCUCAAGUUAUUCCAUCUUCAUCAGAUAAACUUGAACGUAUACAAAUCUACGAAGAUCUUCUACUCGGCUGUUAUUGUAAUGAUUACAUCUUAGUAUUACGUAUUAUCGAUAUCAAUACCUACACUUACGAACAUGUUAUAUCGGUCAAGUACAAAAUAGGUGAUUCGACACCAAUCGACUCAUUUCUUGCUUACAAUAAACAACUAUGGGUGUCAACUGGUUGUAUUAUUCAUAUAUUUGAUAUUGAUAACAGAACGGAAGAAGGUUCUUAUGAUUUACGGAUGAAAAAAUCUGUCGAUGACGAUCACUUAAUGACCAUGUUGGGCUUUUCUGGUUAUAUUUGGGCUGGAUCAUUACAUGGAAAAGUUUAUGUGUUUCGUAUGGAUAAUUUCGAAUUAUACAAAACAUUCGCAGGACAUCGCGAUCGUGUCUUUUGUUUAUGCUCAAUGUUAGAUACAUAUGUUGUAAGUGGUUCAGCACAGAAUGAUACAUCAAUUGCCAUUUGGGAAAAUGUACAAACGACGAAUGGUGCAACGGCAUCAGCGAUUAGUUCAGCUGCUAAACGCGCAUUGGCUAACUCGCAUGGAAACGGAAUGAACUAA